UCUCUAUCUCGGCUUUACCGUUGAACUGAUGCUCAGAAGUCAAACAAUCCUAGUGGCAUUCCCGAAUAUCGUACAGAAAUCAGAGGGCAUUUAUAAAUCCAUCAAUCAUAAUUAAUUCAGAGAAGAUCCAACUUCGCCGUCUAGAAAAUCCCCAAUUCCCCUGCGAAGACUCUAAGCAGAAGAACAAGAAACAGACACAAAUUUUAGAGAGAGAUCACUGUGAAGCAUUUCUGCGGAAAAAGCGUGAAAGAUAGAGUUUUGUCGCUUUAAUGGCGGAGGAGAAGCAAAGCGACGAGAGCGUGAAGCUGUUCGUAGGUCAAGUGCCGAAGCACAUGACUGAAGACCAGAUUCUCGCAAUGUUCCAAGAGUUUGCGCUCGUAGACGAAGUCAACAUAAUUAAGGAUAAGACCACGCGUGCUUCUCGAGGAUGUUGUUUUGUGAUUUGUCCGUCGAGUGAAGAAGCCGACAAGGCAGUGAAUGCAUGUCACAACAAGAAGACGCUUCCUGGGGCAUCCAGUCCAUUGCAAGUGAAGUAUGCUGACGGCGAGUUGGAAAGGCUAGAGCACAAACUCUUUGUUGGCAUGCUUCCAAAAACUGUAUCUGACGCUGAGGUAUCUGCUUUAUUUUCGGAACAUGGAACAAUAAAGGACUUGCAAAUUCUUAGAGGUUCACAGCAAACUAGCAAAGGUUGUGCUUUUCUGAAGUUUGAAACGAAAGAACAAGCACUUGCUGCCAUUGAAGCCCUCAAUGGGAAGCAUAAGAUGGAGGGUUCAGCUGUCCCUUUGGUGGUCAAGUGGGCAGAUACAGAGAAGGAAAGGCAAGCUCGGAAGGCUCAGAAAGCUCUAUCACAAAUGUCUGAUGUGCCAGAUGCUGACUCGAGACAGCAUACAUCUUUAUUUGGUGCUUUACCUAUGGGUUAUAUGCCCCCGUAUAACGGAUAUGGGUAUCAGACUACGGGGGCUUAUGGGCUCUUGCAGUAUCGCCUUCCACCGGUGCAGAAUCAACAUGCCUUUAACAAUCAAAUUCCACCAGUAAACCGGAGCAAUGCUUUGUCACCUUCAAGUUUUUUGGGAUCUCCUUUCCAAACUUUGCCGGGGGUUCAAUAUCCCAUGCCAUAUCCUCGAGGAAUCACAAGCAACAGACCUUUUUCAGGUUCCGCUGGUUCUAUAUCUCCUACUACAAACAGUCAAUCUGCAGCAUAUUCAAGUGUCAAUACAAAAUCUGGUGGUCAGGUUGAAGGUCCACCUGGAGCUAAUUUAUUUAUUUACCAUAUUCCUCAAGAAUUUGGUGACGAAGAGCUUGCAAAUACCUUUCAGCGAUUUGGUAGGAUCUUGAGUGCUAAGGUUUUCGUUGACAAAACAACUGGUGUCAGCAAAUGUUUUGGUUUCGUCAGCUACGAUUCCCCGUCAGUUGCACAGAAUGCAAUAAAUAUGAUGAACGGCUACCAAUUAGGUGGUAAAAAAUUGAAGGUUCAACUUAAAAGGGAUAACCAACAGAAUAAAUAUUAUUGACUUCAAGGUAAAUUAUGGAAGGAAGCUGAUUUCCGCAGCAUGAAUGGUCACAUGAGCUCAAUUCGUAGAAGUAACUUCAGUUUGAGCCAUUCCAUUCUAAUUGGACAUGAGCUUAUUACAGUGGUAGUAUUAUUCCAUUCUUGGUGGAAUUGAAGUCCCCGAAGCCUGUAGUUCUUGUUUAUUUCUGUACCAUUGUAUUUGUGUAACAUGGAAUACCAAUUAGACAAUGAUUAUUAAUUUGUUGAUUCUUAUU